AAAUCCCCGUACAUUCGCUCAGAUUCGCUUUAGCUGAGCUCAGCUAACUAUAUAGCUGUAGCUCAGGUUUUCUCGAUCGCCUGUUUCAUCUUCUUUUCUUCUCAUGGAGUCUCUGCAGAUCGGUCUUCGUGUGGUGCGUGGCCCGCACUGGGAGUGGGGAGAUGUUGACGGAGGAGUUGUUGAGGGUCAUGUUGGAACGGUGGUGGCAAUGGAGGAGCCUAAGGACGGAGGGAGACCAGUGGUUGUGCAAUGGGACUCGGGCAAAAGGUGUCGGUGUCGCUGUGGUGUAGCUGGAAAAUAUGACCUGAGGGUACUGGACAGUGCUCCCACAGGUAUCCAGCACCUCCACGUGGAGUGCACCUGGUGUGGGGAGAAGAGUGUGAGAGGCAUCCUGUGGAGCUGCACCCAGUGUGUGGAUUAUCAUCUCUGCACUCCUUGUUACAACGCUGACAGACACAGCGUCGAGCACAAGUUCAACAGACGAGAUGUGCCAGCAUCCAGAAAACGCGUUAGAGUGCCCCCUCGAUACAACUGCCCUCGAUUUAUAGCCCGGGGGGUGUUUCCUGGGGCUGAGGUUGUGAGAGGGUGCGACUGGCAGUGGAAAGAUCAAGACGGUGGAGUGGGUUCCAUUGGGAAGGUCAUCAAGAUAGAGGGCUGGGAGGGAGAGAAUGGGAGAAGUGUGGCUCAGGUCAAGUGGAGAGAUGCCCAAGUUUCUAACGUCUACAGAAUGUCUCACAAGGGAAAGGUUGAUCUGAAGUGCUCGACCGCUGCAGCUGGUGGCGUUUACUAUCCCAGCCAUCUUCCGGUUUUAGGGGCCUCCCAAGAGGAUGAUUGUGGCCUUCUGUCAGCGGGGGACUCUGCUCGUGUGGAGCUGGACCCUGACCUCUUCAAGAUAGCGCAGCAGGAUCAUGGUGGCUGGAUUGAUGGAAUGGCUGAGUACAUAGGUCGGCUGUGUGUGGUACACGCCAUCCACGAUAAUAGAUCAUCAGCUGUCGUCCGCUACUCCAACAACAGAAUCUUCCAGCUCAAUCUAGGCACGCUCACUAAGGUGGACGGCUUUUUGUUUAAGUACGGGCAGACCGUGAGGGUGAUCGAUGAUUUGGCCAAAGUGCACUCACUGCAGCAGAUAGGAGCAGGCUGGAACAAUGACAUGGCAUUGUGUCUCGGUCAGCUUGGACAAGUAGUUCACAUUCUACCAAAUGGCAAUGUAAAGGUCAUCAUCAAAGGUCAAAGGUGGAUCCUCAGCCCGGAAACUAUUGUACCAGCACCAGGGGAAACCCCUCCAGAAUACACUGCAGACAAUAUCAGACUGGGUCUAGAUGCAAUGUUAGCUGUUCGAAUCUCUCUAGACGCCGGGAUUGCAGAUCCAGAAGCACUGAUGAUAGCUGUCGCUUUUGGAGAUGUGAAAACUGUGAAUAGUGCACUUGAGAAGCACCCAGAAAUGAUUGACGUAGUGAAUGCAGAAGGGAAGCGUCUCAUGCACACAGCCAUCAUUGAGGGGUUCAAGCCAAUGGUGGAAUUGCUUCUAAAACAUAAAUCAAACUUGGAAUCUGAGGAUAAUGAUGGUGAUAUGCCACUCCAUGUCAGUGCUUUCUGUAACAAUGGUGCUGCUGCCAAACUCUUGCUGGAUGCUGGGGCGAACGUGAAUGCAGAGAAUGGGAGGGGAGCCAGUUCAAUCACUCUGGCUGCUUCGCAAGGACACGACGAUGUGCUGCUGGUUCUGCUGUCACAUCCAGAGGCAAACCUAAAUUUUCAGGACGUGGAUGGGAGGACACCUCUACACAGAGCAGUACAUUCUCAUCACAGGUCCACUCUCCGAAUCCUCUUGGAGGCUGGGGCUGAUCACACUGUACUCGACUCGAAACAGUUUACCGUCGCUCACGAUUCUAGCGGUCUGGGAAAUAUUGCUGCGACCGAGGAACUUUUGAGGUUUCAUCCUGAGCUGAUCAAUAUGAAGAAGGACAAUGGGAGCAGCCCUCUCCAUGUGGCAGCUGCCAACAACCACUAUGACGUUGUUUCACUACUGGCUUCUCAUCCCACCUGUAAUGUGAGCAUCUUGAACAACAUCCGGCUGACUGCCCUACACAUUGCUGUACAUGAGGGACACAUUAUAACUGUGGAAAGACUGGUCGGCUUUGGUGCAGACGUUAAUGCCAUAGCAGGGGACGGAAACACUCCUCUGCACUUGGCCCUGGCGAGAAGUACUAUGAGCGCACCAACCAAGGCCACUCCCUUUAUUUUGAAACUUCAGGAGGAGCUGGAGGAGACCCAUGGCAAAGGACUGCUGAAUCCUAACAUUAUGGUGGGCAUAUUCCUCGUGGUGCAAGGAGCUGACCUGCACAUCAAGAACCUGAUGGGAUUGAGCCCUGGCAAGAUCCUACCUUCAGACGUUUGGGCCCUCGUGUCCUCUUACAAAGGAAGAUCAGACUCAUUCCAUGGCGCUUUAAAGGAGCUCGUGAGACCAUUCCACAACGAACUCACAAAGGUGGCUCGUAGCCAGCCAAAGAUACACACUGCCCCUGCCAGCAUGCUCUCGAAAGAUAUGCAAGGGACCAGUCUCAAAACAUCUCAAAACGCCAAUGAAGUGCUCUCGAAAGAUAUACAAGGGAUCAGUCUCAAAACAUCUUCUUCAGCUCAAAAAACCAAUGAAGUAGGCAGAAGUCGCGAAUCAGGUCAAGUGUCAGAGGCCAAAGCUGCAAAGUUGGUUGAUAAUCUGUACAACAACACACCUCCCGUUUCAAGGAGAGCUCCUACUGUGGAAGAUGUCCUCACAUGUUGUCUCUGUGAGAUAGGGGCUGACAUUAAGCUCCUUCCUUGCGGCCAUGUAGCCUUGUGUCACAACUGUGUGGUCUGUGGGCAGGGAGCUAAGAAGUGUCCAAUGAUUGAGUGUAGGAAACCCAUUGACAAUCGUGUUUCUGUGUGUGUGUUCUGCAAACAAGAUGGAAGUUUGGAUCGAUUCUCUCCUUGUGCUCACAGCGUCUGUCUAGGGUGUAAAGCACAUCACAGCCAUUGUCUCGCUUGUCAGAUUCUGGCAGAUUGAUGAGAUAAACUCAAACUUUUGUCACUUUAGUUACAAAUAUAUUUUUGUGUCAAUUUUGUAUAGUUAUAAUUAUAUAGAGUUAUGUGCCUGGUUUCUAGCUACAUUAUUGCAAUAAUUUGAUACGUAUAAUUGAACUAUAAUUAUACAGUCAAUAAGUUCAA